UACGUUGUUAACGGUUGUUUUCUGCUCAACUCACAAUCGGCAGCGACAAAAUUGUGGGUUGCAUGUGCCUUCUCCUCCACGUUUUUAUUUCGACAUUUUGGCUUCUAAAAAAUCGCUCAACAGCUGCACAGAACAGAACGCCCCUCAGCAGCAGAAGCGAACAACUUUCUAUUUUGCUUUUGUUGACUGUUUCCGAUAUGCUCUUUUCUCUUUUAAGUGCCAAAUUAAUAUUGUGAAUCGGUGUUGUGAAACAGUCCUCUAUGCAACAGCAAAGGUUUCUCAAGUCUACAUAAUUAUAAAACAUAUUAAUAUGUACAGAUUCCAUUUCACUCCGUUACAUUUUUAGUGUACCCUCUCUCUCUUUUGCCCGCACGCGCUCUCUCUUUCUCUCUGCGUGUUGUGAUUUUCGUUCUCUCCGCGGCGUCUUUUCAUUUUGUUUUGCUUUCGAUUUUCAAAGUUUUCGGCAACCGGUAAAGAUAAAUAUAGAAACAUCAACAUGGAAACGACAGAUGAAAGCUACAGAUUCGGGAGCGUUGACUAUAUCGUUUUUCUGGCCAUGAUAUUUCUAUCCACUGGAACAGGCAUUUAUUUUGGCUGCCUAAAAAAAACAAAAAAGAUCACUGAGGAAGUUGAACCAACACUGCAAACGACCACACCAAAAGAGGUGCGAAAACAUAAUUUUGGUUCGGAAAAGAUGAGCGAAUAUCUGCUGGGAUCGCGACAACUGAAAGUGUUUCCCGUUGCCAUGAGUCUGAUAGCCAGCUAUGUGUCGGGCGUGACAAUAUUGGGCACCACAUCAGAGAUAUAUAAUUAUGGCACACAAUACUGGUUUAUUGCCAUUGCCAUUAUUCUGCAGGGCAUUGCUGUCUCCUAUAUCUAUAUACCAGUAUUUACGACUCUACAAGUCGGCUCCUCCUAUGAGUAUUUGGAAAUGCGCUUCCAUUCGAUUAUACGUAGCAUAGCAUCCUUUAUGUUUAUUCUGGAUGAGAUACUCUUCCUGCCAUUUGUUGUCUAUGUGCCCGCCAUUGCAUUGAAUCAAGUUUCGGGCAUUAAUUUGCAUGUGAUAUCAUCGGUGAUUGUGAUUGUGUGCGUCUUCUACACCUUUGUGGGUGGAAUUAAGGCUGUGGUGCACACGGACGCCUGGCAGACGAUGGUUAUGUUCCUCUCGGUGCUCGCGGUUGCCGCCCUGGGCACCUAUUAUGCCAACGGAUUCGAAAAGAUUUUCGAUGAUGCCAGCAAAGGUGGUCGUGUGAUAUUUGGCAACACGAAUCCAUCCCCAUAUGUGCGUCAUACGGUUUGGAGUGUACUCAUCGGUGGCUUCUCCUAUUGGACAUCGUUCAAUGCGGUGAAUCAGACAAUGGUGCAACGUUAUAUGUCCUUGCCAUCGUUGAAACAGGCACGUGCCUCGAUGGCCAUCUUUACAAUUGGAGUCGCUGCAUUCAUCUCGCUCUGCUGCUAUCUGGGCCUGCUCAUCUUCGAGAAGUAUCAGAAUUGUGAUCCACUCAGCGCUGGUCUGAUUACACACGACGAUCAGCUGCUGCCGCUGUUUGUGGUGCAGAGUGUUGGACACAUCCGUGGCAUAGCGGGUCUCUUUAUAGCCGGCAUCUUUGGUGCCGCCCUCAGCUCACUCUCAGUGGUGCUGAAUUCCACAUCACUGGUUAUACUCGAGGACAUUGUGCGCGGUUGCUUUAGGAUGCAGCCAAGUGAGCGCACCUCAACAGUGCUUGUGAAGGGUUCGGUUAUCAUACUUGGUGCGGUUGCACUUUCGCUCGUCUUUGUUCUCGAGCGUUUGAGUGGCAUUUUGAGCAUUUGCACCUCGAUGACAGCCAUUGCAGCGGGCACAACUUUUGGCCUCUUCACACUGGGCAUGCUGGUGCCGUGGGCGAAUAAUAUUGGCACUGCAGUGGGUGGCAUUGCCAGUGCCCUGCUCUCCGGUUGGAUAUCCUUUGGCACCCAGUUCAGCAUUGCAGCAGGUGAGCUCAACUCACAGAAACUGAACAUCUCUGUGGAAUACUGUGCAACGAAUGUGACGCAGCCCGAGAACGUUUGGGUGGACGAGGAGCAGGUGUUUCCAUUAUAUCGCUUAUCCUAUCACUGGAUAAAUCCCAUUGGUGUGGUAACCGUUAUUGUUGUCGGUUCGAUUGUAUCGAUGCUCACAAAACCCACCGAUAUAAGGACACUCAAUGCGCAACUGUUGUCGCCAGUGAUACACCGAUUCCUGCCAAAGGAAUGCUUUGCUCCGCGCGAUCAUCAGCAUCAGACGCAGCCGCAAAUGAACCUACUAAAUCGCACAUAAGAAUCGUGAAUCGUUAUAGUAAUAUAUAUAUAUAUAUAUAUAUAUAUAUGUAUAUAUGAAUUCCUACAGGACAAGCUCUGUUUGCCAGCAGAGUCGCAGCUCCCAUAUUACAUUCUUUAAGUUUAUUAUAGAGUUUAGCUUAACUUAUAUUAUAUAUAUAUGUAUAGCGUUUAGAGUCUAGAGUUGUCUAUUAGUACAAAUUGCAGUUCGAUUUCAUUAUCUUUUUAUUCUCUAUGUAGAAGGGCGCACACGACUUAAAUAUGGUACAGGAAUUUAUGAAUCUGCACACACACAGACAGACACAAGCUAAUUGUUGUAUUUUAUAUAUAUAUUGGUUAUAUUCAUGUACUUAUUUAGCAUUAUUUGUUUGUUUUUUGUUAAACACAUUUCUUUGGCAUUUUUGUUUGUUAUUGUUCAACUUGUCUGCAGACUGUGUCUCAAAUUCCGUGUGACUUAGCAAGCAUAAUGUCUGUGAUAAAAAAUUUAAUAAAUAUACGCAUAUAUUUAUAUACAUAUUAAUAUA